GUGAUCUGGGACGAACGGCAUAAAUCAUGUGAUGUGUUCGCCGAACGCAGGUGCACAGACCACAUCGCUUAACCUGGCUAGCUUCCAGGCAUUUUCCCAUCAAGAACCAUCUCUGAUUUCUCUUCUCUUUGUCUUCUUCUCUAUUUUAUCCCUCCCGAAUUCUGUGCAAAGUUGAUUCCUUGAAAAAAGGGUAGCAAUCCAUAUGUGACUAGUGGGUUUGUUUCUCCCUCUGCUCAAUGCACUGUUGUCAACCACUCUUAAUUGUUGGGGUUUUGUAGAAUGUCUCCCGCUCGAACCUCAGAGAAGAAUGAGCAAAGGAAAGAGAUCAUAGCUCUGGCCAGGGGCUUUGAUACGCUUAUUGACACGAUCCAGAAACUAGCAUGGCAAGAAAGAGAGUUGUGGAACAAACUCCAGUUUGCUCAUAAUGAGUACUUGAAACUUGCCAGCCAGCUGCCCAACCGCUCUGGCACUGAAACAGAAAUAGCUGAAAAGAUAUAUCCUGUUCCUUUUGAAAAAUCCAACUGCGAUACACCCGCAGACCACACAGGGUGGAUUUACGAUGUAGAGAAAGCUGGCUACAUCACAACUUCAGAGCUCGACGUUAUCGCCAAAGGACUUGAAGCCUACCGAAACUUGGCCGAUAGACGCAUUACGCGCGAUGGGUAUCAUCAAAAUAACAAUACGUGUCUCGUUGCGGUGGAUGCGAAAGCUAGGUCUUCUCUUGAGCAUGAUUUCACUGUCAAGGGUGUGCAAGGUAACCUUCGUUGUCCCUUUGCAAUUCCGAAUGGCACUGGGCCUGCACCUAAGUUGGCGAACCAAAGUUCAGAUACUUGCGCGCAUGACCUAGACCCUAUCAAAGCUGAAUCUCUCCAGGGUACUCGGUCUUGCUCGGUGCAAGACGCUGUUCCCAGAUGUCCUAUUAGGUAUCUAGAUGACCACUCUCCAGAGGAAGUGGCCAAGUAUUUCCAAAAACACAAGCAUGAGAUACCUCGCAGCCAUGCUAUUUGUAUUCAGCGGUAUCAAAGAGACUCGAAGAGCAUCCGUCAACUAGAUGAGAAAUAUGGGGACAUGGUCAAUAUGAUUAAAGGACUAGGCCUUUAUCAUCAACCGUAUCUCCCCUCAACCCAAGGACCUGGUAGGCCAGGUGAUACGGCCUCGGUUUCUAUCGGGAGAGUAGAAAAAUGGGCCGAGGAGGUUGGCGCAAAAGCCCCAGAGAUAGAGGUCAUGCCGGCUUCCCGUGGAGAGGAAGAUCAUGCUAAGGAGGAGAAAGAGGACGAUGACGAGGAACAAAGGAGCAACUAUUUCAACAGGUCAUUACGAGACGUGCGAGUAGGAGAGUCACCUAGUCGACCUUGGGGAAUCCAUGUUCCUAUCUCUCAUCAGAAUGUUGUUCCGAGUCCUAAUUUGUCACCAGCUGCACCAAUUGUCGAUUCUGGUGUAACUGGAAGUCCUCGGUUGGAAGAUUAUGAGAAGGAUGGCUUGGAGCAGUCAUCCGUCUCGACCCCAUUGCCGGAGAAGAUGAGAUCACCGCCGACUGCGGGUCGAUGCCCAUUCAAAAAUCUCGUGGAUAAGGACGCCCAACCACCGACGAGUGUUCCUGGCUCUGCGGUUGCCGAUGUACAAACAGAGGAGACUCCAAGACAUCUACCUCCCGACAAUUUUAUCUCUCCCAAUAAUGGUGAAAGGCAACCACCCCCGACCUCCUCCGUUCAGCCUAAGAUGGUAUUUCAUGGGCCUGUGUUUUUUGGUUAUUCGGCAGAGCAAACUGCCACGCUCCUACAGCAACUCAGUCAUUCCAGCAGUUUGAAAUAGGCAUUCUCUACACGUUGCUGUUGUUCCUCACACUUUACUUGGCUUUUUUUCCCUCCCGAUAUAUGUAGUCAACACUUAUCUUAUAAUACCCAAUGCUCUUUUUUGGCGUUUGAAUUCUUUCAACAUUGCCUUGAUUUACUACGUGCAGCUUCAGCAUAUAUUUUUUAUCACUAAUUGAGAUAGUUUGAGACCUGUUGGGUUUGCUCGCGUCUCCUGGUAGAGCUACGACUAAUAGUAUCAUAAAACCCUGCUGCCGACAUUUAAUGAGAACCGGAAUCUGACGAGGAAAAGCCAAACCUGUUUUUAACAAGCCGCUCUCCAGAUACAGAAAACAGGAGACAGCUAAUAAAAUUGCAGCCUUUCUGGACUUGGAAACUAAAGUUUCAAUACACCUAAAUGCUGUGCAUCCAAUGCUGACGAUGAUAAGGAAGGAAGAAACUUGUAUAUCGUAGGAGUAAUAUUCGCAAUAAACAGGGCAGUUGAACAUGCUAGUAAAGAAAACAAGAGCUUACCAAUCAAUGCAGGUGCGACAAAUAUAUCAUAUUUUUGUACUCCGUAUUGUUCUAUUCAUAUUCUGUCUUGGAGGAUAACGUUGUUGUGUAUUGUA